AUGAGUAUAGAGCUUACAGAGAAUAUGGCAUUUUGGCAGCACCUGAAUAUCAGGGGAAUAGUGCUAUCCAUUAUAUGCAUGAUAGCAGUAUAUAAACUCGUAGCAUGCCUGCAGAGAAAAGGCAACCAAGAAAACCCAGUCAUACCCACCGCAAUGAAGGCAAACACUGGGACAGAAAGUGCAGAAGCAACUACAGCAAAGAAAGCAGAAAAACAGUGGGCCGGACCGAAAUACCCGUGUGCACUUGAUAAACACCAAGAAAAAAUAAAUACACUAGUAACCCGAGUCGACACUACAGGCAAGGCUAGAUGUGCAUUUGCCAGCGUGUACACUGAAGUAUUUAACGUGGCCAAGGUGAUGGACUAUCAAAUAGACAAGUUUCUUGCAAAGCUGGCCCAAAUAGACACGCUAUUUGAAGUGCAAGGCUGCGAACAGGGGAACUCAACCAAGAAGCACACAAGGCUGCGUGAGGGCAUCAAUUCAGAAUACGAUAGAAAGAUAAGGAAGAUUGAAACUAUGCGCAUAGAGGAGGAAAAACUCCUAGAAGAAAUAGAGAGUGCGCACACUGAAAGGAAUAAGCAGAGGGUUAUUAUGUGCGAGGAAGGAAAUAAAAUAUUACUCUCAACGGGGCACUUUAUAAAUUAUUUGGUGCACGGGCUUAUGUUCCAGUCUAAGCGAUACACUGAGCUAAAAGCAGAGCUGGCGUGCCUACAUGCCAGGUUUAGCCGAGUGUUCGUGCUGUGCGAGGCGAAGUGGCUUGAGAAAGAGCACUACAGCGAGCAGGGCUCAGUUAAUAUAUCCGGGCAGCUGGACCAGGCCCUCCAUGAAAGCUUUGAAAUAAUAGACGAGGUUGAAAGAGACUUUGAUGAUCUAAGGAAAUUCUAUUUGUGCGAGAAGGAGAAGAUGUUUAGUAUAAUCGAUAAAAUGUAUGAGUAUGUAAAUUAUUCUCUGUCGAAUAGUGUGCGUGAGCAAAUUAGGUUCCAAAUAGGCUGUAUGCACAGGAUAUGCACUGGCUUUAGCAAAUUCAAGCCAAAGACCCAGGUGUCUUACCAACAAAGCGAGUAUGCACGGCCCUAUGCAAGCCGUGUGCGUGAUCACUACACUCCUCUAAAUAAGACAUAA